CCGCAAUGUAUGCGCCUGGAUAUGAUCGCUCAUAUACUUCCAAACCAGGCCGUUUCUGACCUCGCCAAGUCCAUACACGUUCUAUUUGUCUUGCUCAUCAGACGCAGUGGGAACGUUUUCUUAAUCAUAUUCUGCUCUUCAGAUUGUAUAUACAAGCGUGCAUACGCACUGUAAGGGUUCCUGAUUUUAUCCAUCAAAUGGCAGUUUGUGAAGAGCGAUCACCAUUAUUCUCAACGAUCAACUCGUAAGCUGAAUUGAAGGAUCACAUUUGGUCACAAUGUUUGAAGCACAUGUUUUACAUUUGCUUCGGAGAUACCUGGGUGAGUAUGUCCAUGGACUGUCAGCAGAGACAUUGAGAAUAAGCGUAUGGAAAGGUGAUGUGGUUCUAAAAGAUUUGAAGUUAAAGGCAGAGGCACUGAAUUCAUUGAAACUGCCAGUAACUGUGAAAGCUGGGUUUGUAGGUACUAUAACUCUAAAGGUUCCAUGGAAAAGCCUCGGAAAGGAGCCUGUCAUUGUUCUCAUUGACAGAGUUUUCAUUCUUGCUCAUCCUGUUAUUGUUGAUUGAUACUGUGUCUACAUUUAGGAAGAGGACAGGGAAAAACUUUUUGAGGCCAAACUACAACAGAUUGAGGAAGCAGAACUGGCCACCCUUGAAGCUCUAUCAAGAUCAAAGCUGGGAGGAAAUCCAGCUGUUGGAAAUUCCUGGCUCGGAUCAUUAAUUGCUACUAUAAUUGGAAAUCUGAAAAUAUCAAUUAGCAAUGUUCAUAUCAGAUAUGAAGACUCUGUCAGCAAUCCCGGGAAUCCAUUCUGUUGUGGUAUUACUCUUGCAAAGCUUGCUGCCGUUACAAUGGAUGAGCAAGGCAAUGAAACCUUCGAUACAAGUGGCGCUUUGGAUAAGUUACGUAAGUUGCUUCAACUUGAAAGGCUUGCAAUAUACCAUGAUACAAACAGUGAGCCCUGGAAGCUAGACAAGAAAUGGGAGGAUCUGACACCUAGAGAAUGGAUUGAGAUAUUUGAAAGUGGCAUUAGCGACUCAGCAAAGAACAAUAAGGUGAUGUGUGCAUGGGCCAGGGAGCACAAUUACUUGGUAUCUCCGAUCAAUGGGGUCCUUAAGUAUCACCGGCUGGGAAACCAAGAAAAAAGUGAUCCUAAUGUUCCUCACGAGCAAGCUUCUUUGAUUGUCAGUGAUGUUUCUUUGACAGCUACAGAGACACAAUAUCACGACUGGAUCAGACUCGUGGAGGCUAUUGCAAAGUAUAAGACAUAUGUAGAAGUAUCUCAUUUAAGACCAUUGGCUCCAGUUUCAGAGAGACCCAGAUUAUGGUGGCGCUAUGCUGCCCACGCUGAACUGCAGCAAAAGAAAAUGUGUUACAGAUUCUCAUGGGAUCAAAUCCAGCAUCUAUGUAGUUUACGUCGGCAAUAUGUACAAUUAUAUGCUGAAUCAUUGCAAAAGUUGUCAAAUGUUAAUAACUCCAAGAUAAGAAGCAUUGAGAAAGAUCUUGAUGCCAAGGUUAUUCUACUGUGGAGGUUCCUUGCCCAUGCUAAAGUGGAAACUGUCAAAUCAAAGGAAGCAGCUGAACAAAGAAUGCUUAGAAACAGAAGUUGGUUUUCCUUUGCAUGGCGAGCUGCUUCAGAAGAUUGCUCAGCUGGGGAGACCUCAGAGGAUUCAAAAUCUGUAGAAGAUACACUGACCAAGGAGGAAUGGCAAGCCAUCAAUAAAUUGCUAAGUUACCAGCCAGAUGAGGAUCUGGCACAUCAACAUGGGAAGGAGACACAUAAUAUGAUAAACUAUAUGAUCAAUGUUUCUAUUGGUAGGGCAGCAGCAGCAAUCAUCAAUAUUGAACAGACAGAAAUUCUUUGUGGCAGAUUUGAAAAUCUUAAUGUGUUGACUAAGUUAAAACAUCAAACUGUACAGUGUGAUGUCUCAUUAAAAUUUUAUGGAUUGUCUUCUCCUGAGGGUUCGCUUGCACAGAGUGUUUGUAGUGAGCAGAAGGUAAAUGCAUUAGAAGCUAGUUUUGUGCACUCACCAUCUGGAGAAAAUGUUGAUUGGAGGCUAUCUGCAAGAAUUUCUCCCUCUCAUGUUACAAUUUUCAUGGAGAGUUAUGAUCGAUUCUUAGACCUUGUAAAGAGGAGCAAUGCGAUUAGCCCCACUGUUGCAUUAGAAACUGCAACUGUGCUCCAGAAUAAAAUUGAAAAAAUGACUCGGAGAGCUCAGGAGCAGUUUCAAAUGGCGUUGGAAGAGCAAAGCAGAUUUGCUCUUGAUAUUGAUUUGGAUGCUCCUAAAGUUAGAGUUCCCAUCAGAUCACAUCUUUCAUCUAAAUGUGAUAGCCAUCUUCUUUUGGACUUUGGCCAUUUUACAUUACAAACAAAGGAGGAUGGCCAAUCCCACGAGCAGGCACAGAGUCUGUAUUCUCAUUUUUAUAUCUCUGGAAGGGAUAUAGCAGCAUUCUUUACAGAUUGUGGUUCAGAUAAUCAGAUGUGCUCUUUGGCAUGCCAACCUUCUAAUUCUCCUACCUUGGAAGACAUUAAUAACAUAUAUUCCCUAGUUGAUAGAUGCAGAAUGGCUGUAAUUGUAGAUCAGAUUAAAAUUCCCCAUCCCAGCCAUUCUUCAACACGCAUCUAUGUUCAACUUCCAAGUAUUGGAGUUCAUUUCUCACCAGCCAGACUUCACAGAUUGUUGGAAUUGUUAAAUAUACUCUAUCGUACAAUUCCUGAUGCUGAACAGAAUCCACUUUUUGUAAGCACUCAAGCAGAACUUUCACACUGGCAUCCACCAGAUCUAGCAACUUAUGCUCGGAUACUUGUAUGGAAGGGGUUUGGAUAUUCCGUUGCUGCUUGGCAACCAUGUUAUCUUGUACUUUCUGGAUUGUACCUUUAUGUGUUGGAGUCUGAAGGGUCCCACACUUAUCAAAGAUGUUCCAGCAUGGCUGGUAAACAGGUGCUUGAAGUUCCUCAGACAAAUGUCGGGGGCUCCCCUUCCUGUAUUGCUGUCAGUGUCAGAGGCAUGGAUCUACAGAAGGCCCUGGAGUCAUUUAGCACACUGGUAAUAGAGUUUCACAAUGAAGGGGAGAAAACUCUUUGGUUGAGAACUCUUGUACGGGCUACAUAUCAAGCUUCUGCUCCCCCAUCAGUUAGUAUACUUAGAGAACUAAGUGAUGGUAGCUUAGAACUUGCUGAGACCCGUGCUAUAAAUGAAAAGAUGGCUGAGCUUGUUGUUAAUGGAUCAUUGGUAGAGAUGAAGCUAUCACUAUAUGGGAAGACUGGAGAUGGGACAGAAGAUAGUGACGAUGAAACACUAAUCCUUGAGGCUCUUGCAGUUGGUGGGAAGGUGCAUGUUUCACAAUCUAGUGGUGACUUAACAGUAAAGAUGAAAUUGCAUUCGAUGAAAAUUAAGGACGAACUUCAAUAUUCUGUAUCUUCAAGUCCACAAUACUUGGCAUGCUCUGUUCUCUCAGAUCACUCUGCAACUACCUCGCCUGGAACAACAGAUUCCCAGGGGAAGGAGAUGGCUUUUAUGACAAUGGAAGAUGAUGAUGUAUUCAAGGAUGCCUUGCAAGAUUUUUUAUCAUUACCGGAUAACGGUGAAGCCAUUACCCCGGAGAAGGAUUCACUUAAGGGACGGAAUGCCUUUGCUGAAAUAUAUUAUGAAACACGAAGCUCAGAUGACUCUGAUUUUGUCUCUCUUUCAUACAUUACACGUCAACCAGGCUCCCUCGACUAUGAUGGCAUAGAUACACAGGUGAGUAUUAGUAUGUCCAAGUUGGAAUUCUUCUGCAACAGACCUACUCUUGUGGCUUUGAUUAAUUUCACUAUUGAUAUGAGUUCCGCAAGCAGUGGGGUUACUGGUAAAAACGUCACAAAAGAUCCAGUUGAUGAGAUAUCUAUUAAUAAGGAGAAGAUAGAAGAUCAUGGGCAUAAAUAUGUAAAAGGAUUGCUGGGUUAUGGGAAAGGUCGCGUUGUAUUUAAUUUGAACAUGAACGUCGACAGUGUUACAGUCUUCCUUAAUAAAGAGGAUGGUUCUCAGCUUGCAAUGCUUGUACAAGAAUGUUUUAUGCUUGAUAUUAAGGUUCAUCCUAGUUCUACUUCCAUAGAAGGCACACUGGGAAACUUCCGACUUUGUGAUCUAACACUGGGGUCAAACCAGCAAUGGGGUUGGCUUUGUGAUAUACGUAAUCAAGGGACCGAAUCACUUAUUCAGUUUGCAUUUAGUUCUCACAAUUCUGAAGAUGAUGAUUAUGAAGGGUAUGAAUAUAGCCUGCGUGGCCGUCUGUCAGCAGUUCGAAUUGUCUUCCUCUAUAGGUUUGUUCAAGAGAUUUCUGCAUAUUUUAUGGGGCUUGCCACUCCACAUACUGAGGAAGCUAUUAAGUUUGUAGAUAAAGUUGGAGGGAUCGAGUGGUUUAUAGAGAAAUAUGAGGUUGAUGGAGCCACUUCAAUAAAGCUGGAUCUUUCACUGGACACUCCUCUAAUAGUUGUACCAAGGAAUUCCACAAGUGAAGAGUUCAUGCAACUUGAUCUUGGCCAUCUUCGAAUUAAGAAUGAGGUUAGUUGGAUUGGAUGCCCUGAAAAAGAUCCUUCAGCAGUCCACAUUGAUGUUCUUGACGCCGAGGUUAUAGGUAUUAAUAUGGCUGUUGGGAUUAAUGGAUGUAUUGGAAAACCAAUGAUACGUGAAGGCAGAGACAUUCAUAUUUUUGUACGCCGCAGUCUUCGGGAUGUUUUUCGUAAGGUCCCUACAUUUGCAUUGGAUGUUAAGGUAGGCUUGCUGCAUGGAGUGAUGUCAGAUAAGGAAUACAAUGUAAUUCUUGAUUGUUUGUACGUGAACUUCUCUGAGCCACCUAUACUUCCACCUCCAUUCCGUAGCAACAAAUCUACUUCAAAAGAUACAAUACGGUUGCUUGCUGAUAAAGUUAACCUGAAUAGUCAAAUACUCCUGUCACGUACAGUUACAAUAAUGGCUGUUGAAGUGGGCUAUGCCUUGCUAGACUUAUGCAAUGGAGUCCAUGAGGAAUCAUGUUUAGCUCAUGUUUCUCUUGAGGGUCUCUGGGUGUCAUACCGCAUGACUUCUUUAUCUGAAGCUGAUCUUUAUGUCACCAUCCCUAAGUUCUCUAUUCUAGACAGUCGCCCCGAUACAAAACCUGAAAUGCGCCUGAUGCUUGGAUCAUGCAGUGAUGCUCAUAAACAAAUGUCACCUGAUGUGAACUAUGAUCCUCCAACCUCUACAAUGUUCUUGAUGGAUUGCCGAUGGCGAAUUUCGUCAAUGUCAUUUGUAGUUCGGAUUCAGCAGCCUCGGAUUCUUGUUGUUCCUGAUUUUUUACUUGCUGUCUGUGAGUAUUUUGUGCCAUCUUUGGGGGCAAUAACUGGUCGAGAAGAAAUGAUGGAUCCUGGAAAUGAUCCAAUUGUAAAAAAUAGCAGCAUAAUUCUGUCUGCUCCUUUUUAUAAGCAGACAGAAGAUAUCGUGCACUUAUCCCCUAGUAGGAAGCUAGUGGCUGAUGCAGUAGGUAUUGAUGAAUACAUGUAUGAUGGUUGUGGUAAGACCAUUCGUCUCACCAUUGAGGGGGAGGUGAAGGAAUUUCAUUCAUCCGAAGCUAACUAUAUUAUCAUUAUCGGGCGUGGCAAGAGGCUGAGAUUUUUUAAUGUGACAAUUGAGAAUGGCUUGCUAUUGAGAAAGUAUACAUAUUUAAGCAAUGAUAGCAGCUACUCUGUGUCCCAAGAAGAUGGUGUUGAAAUUUUGUUUGUGGAGAGUAACAAUGAUUAUUGUGAAAACAGUCCCAAGAACAUCGAAGAGUUGUUUUAUACUUCAGAUGAUGUCCAGAGUGGGGCAAGCCAAGUGCAAAGCUAUAGUUUUGAAGCGCAGGUUGUUUCUCCUGAAUUUACUUUCUAUGACAGUAGCAAGUCAACAUUAGACAACUCAUCAUAUGGUGAAAAGCUGCUUCGUGCAAAAGUGGACGUUAGCUUCAUGUAUGCUGCAAAAGAAAAUGAUAGAUGGAUACGGGGUCUCCUGAAGGAUCUUACCGUUGAGGCUGGUUCUGGGCUCAUCAUUCUUGAUCCGGUCGACAUAUCGGGUGGCUAUACUUCUGUUAAGGAUAAAACAAGUAUAUCAUUAAUCUCCACAGAUAUAUACACCCAUCUUUCUCUAGGUGUUAUAUCCCUGUUACUGAAUUUGCAAAUUCAAUUAGCAACAACACUACAAUUUGGGAAUGCUGACCCACUGUCCCCUUGUACUCAUUUUGAUCGCAUUUGGGUGUCUCCAAGAAAAUGGGCUUCUGAACAAUGUUACAUUCUGGAGGCCUAGAGCUCCUCCAAACUAUGCGAUUCUUGGAGACUGUGUGACCUCAAGGCCAAAUCCUCCCUCUCAAGCUGUGUUGGCCAUUAGCAAUACAUAUGGCCGCGUGCGGAAGCCUCUUGGUUACAAGCUCAUAGGUAAAUUAUCUGGAAAUCAAGGAUCUACUGGGGUAGAUGACGGUUGUUCUCUCUGGCUGCCAAUUGCACCACCUGGAUAUAUGGCAGUGGGGUGUGUUGCUCAUUUAGGAAGCCAACAGCCUCUAAAUCACAUUGUUCAUUGCAUACGCCGUGAUCUCGUAACAUCAACAACAUAUUUAGAAUGCUUAUUCAAUGCUACUGUGAGUACUUCAUUUAUAUCUGGAUAUAGCAUAUGGCGUUUGGAUAAUACUCUUGGAUCGUUUUAUGCCCAUCCAUCUACUAAGCAUCCUCCAAAAGAUUCUUGCUUUGAUCUGAACCACCUUCUCCUUUGGAGUUCAAGUUGGUAUCGCUCUUCCUCGAUUUAUCCUUCCAGUGAUCUUACAUUUGAGCACGAGUAUACGCAACCCCAUACAUCAGGAUGGGAUAUUAUCAGAUCAAUCUCCAAAGCAACCACUUGUUAUAUAUCAACUCCAAAUUUUGAGAGAAUCUGGUGGGACCGGGGUAGUGAUCUUCGUCGACCAGUUUCCAUAUGGCGACCUGUAACGCGUCCAGGCUAUGCUGUACUUGGUGACUGUAUAACUGAGGGCCUUGAACCACCUCCCCUGGGUAUGAUUUUUAAGGCUGACAACCCUGAAAUUUCUGCGAAUCCUGUGCAAUUUACAAAAGUGGCCCAUAUUGUGGUAAAAGGACUUGAUGAAGCUUUCUUUUGGUAUCCUGUUGCUCCUCCUGGUUAUGCUACCUUAGGAUGUGUGGUAACACGACAUGAUGAAGCACCACCUUUGAAAUCUUUCUGUUGUCCAAGGAUGGAUCUUGUAAGUGAAUCUAAUAUUGUUGAGAUUCCAAUCUCAAGAUCAUCAAGCUCCAAGGCUUCUCAAUGCUGGAGCAUUUGGAAAGUUGAGAAUCAGGCUUGCACAUUUCUUGCAAGACCAGAUAUGAAAAAGCCUUCGACUAGGCUGGCUUUUGCUAUUGGCGAUUCAGUGAAGCCCAAGACAAGGGAUAAUGUGACAGCUGAGAUGAAAAUAAGAUGUUUUUCUAUUACCGUUUUGGACAGCUUAUGUGGAAUGAUGACGCCACUUUUUGAUGUCACAAUAACAAAUCUCAAACUUGCAACGCAUGGUCGGAUAGAGGCAAUGAAUGCAGUACUCAUUUCUUCAAUUGCUGCAUCAACUUUCAACACGCGGUUAGAAGCAUGGGAGCCACUUGUGGAGCCGUUUGAUGGGAUAUAUAAAUUUGAGACUUAUGAAACAAAUCUUCAGUCAUCAUCAAGUCUUGGAAAAAGGCUACGCAUUGCAGCAACCAGUAUCUUAAAUAUAAAUCUUAGUGCAGCAAAUCUUGGGACCUUGGCACAGGCUAUCGAUUCAUGGAAGAAACAUAGAGAGCUUGAACAAAAAGCCAUGAGGUUACUUGAGGAGGCUCGUGGUCGUCAGGAUGAAGAUCAUCAAAGUCCAACUUUUUCAGCACUGGAUGAAGAUGAUUUUCAGACUGUAGUUGUAGAAAACAAACUUGGAUGUGAUAUGUACUUGAAAAAAGUUGAGGAGAACUCAGAUGCAGUAGAAUUACUGCCCACUGAUUCUUUUGUCUCUGUUUGGAUUCCACCUCCUAGGUUUUCUGACAGACUAAACGUUAUUGAAGAAUCUAGAGAUUAUCGGCGCUAUGUUACUGUUCAAAUUGUUGAAGCAAAGUCCUUGCCUGUUGUUGACGAUGGCAACAGUCAUAAUCUCUUCUGUGCAUUACGAUUGGUUGUUGAAAGUCAGGAUACAAGCCAGCAAAAAGUUUUUCCUCAGAGUGCAAGAACUAAAUGUGUGAAACCUUUAAUUGCUAAAGUAAGUGGUCAAGAUGAGGGCACAGCUAAAUGGAAUGAACUAUUCAUUUUUGAAGUUCCCCGGAAGGGGUUGGCCAAGUUGGAAGUGGAGGUAACAAACCUUGCUGCGAAGGCUGGAAAAGGUGAGGUCGUGGGUUCAGCUUCAUUUUCAGUUGGACACGGUUCUAGUGUUUUGAAGAAGAUUGCUUCCGUCAGAAAGCUGCAUUCAACAACUGAUACUGAGAAAAUUGUCUGCCACCCACUAAAAAGAAGGGGUCAGCUAAACAGUGAGAGUGAUUCUCUUGGAUACCUUUUUAUUUCAACAUCUUACUUCGAAAAGAAAACAACUGUAAACUUCCAAAAUGAGCAAGGAGAAAAGGAUGGAAUUGAGAGUGAUGUAGGUUUUUGGGUGGGACUUAAUACAUGUGGUCCAUGGGAAAGUAUUCGCUCAUUUCUUCCCAUGUCAGUGAUCACUAAAGCAAUGCAAGACGACUAUUUAGCUGUAGAAGUUGUCACCAAGAAUGGGAAAAAACAUGCUAUUUUCAGAGGACUUGCUGCAGUAACUAAUGAUUCCGAUAUCAUGCUGGAAAUUUUAUCGUGUGACGAGUCCAUGGUUCACUCUCAAGAACACAGAAGACAUCAAAUUAGGGAGAAGAGAGGAACAAGUGAUGUAAUAAGUCCCGGUUCUUCAUUUGUUUUACCUUGGAAGUGCACAUCUAAGGAUUCUAAUCAUUGUUUAUAUGUACGCCCUUGCACCAAUCAUUCUCCUACCUCAUAUGCAUGGGGCCAACCUGCAUUUUUAGGAUCUACCUAUGUACUGGGAAAGGACUUACCUUCAGUUGAGCAAAGCACACUAUUGAGGCAAAAUACUUUGAGACAGGGAAACAUGCAACCUGUUUCUCCUUUGAAGCUUAAUCAACUUGAAAAAACAGAUCUGCUUUUCUGUUGCUCUGAUGCUACAGGUAAACAGGCUUGGCUCUGCAUUGGUACAGAUGCUUCUGUUCUUAACACAGAGCUAAAUGCCCCUGUCUAUGAUUGGAAAAUAUCGGUUAGCUCCCCUCUGAAGCUGGAAAAUAGACUUCCUUGUGGAGCUGAGCUUAGAAUUCUUGAAAAAUUCAAAGAUGGAAGUAGCAUAGAGCGACAUCGUGGUUAUCUAUCAUCACGUGAAACCAUGCACGUAUAUUCUGCUGAUAUAAGGAACCCUCUCUAUCUUGUGCUGUUUGUUCAAGGUGGUUGGGCCUUGGAAAAGGACCCUAUUUUGGUUUUGGAUCUUACAAGUAAUAGCCAUGCUUCAUCAUUUUGGAUGGUCCACCAGCAGAAAAGAAGGGCAUUGCGUGUAAGUAUUGAACGUGACAUGGGAGGGACGACCGCUGCUCCUAAAACCAUAAGGUUCUUCGUUCCUUAUUGGAUUACUAAUGAAUCGUAUUUGUGUUUGGCAUACCGAGUCGUGGAAAUUGAACCUGGGGAAAGUGCAGGUGUAGAUUCACUUGUGCUUCCCAGGGCUAAGUCUGCCAAGUUAGCAUUAAGAACUCCAUCUACUUCUGGGGGCCGUAGACAGAUAACUCCCAGAAAAAUCAUUCAAGUUCUUGAUACUAUUGACGAUACCAGUCCAACUCCCAGCAUGCUUUCUCCACAAGAUUAUGUAGGCCGUGGUGGUGUGGUGUUGUUUUCAUCACGAAAUGAUGCUUAUCCAUCUUCAAGGGUGGGCAUUUCUGUUGCUGUUCAAAACUCUGAAAACUUCAGUCCCGGCAUCUCUCUUCUUGAACUAGAAAAGAAGCAACGAGUUGAUAUCAAAGUGUUUGGUCCAGAUGGAAACUAUUACAAGCUUUCUGCUGUAUUGCAUAUGACGUCCGACAGAACAAAGGUUGUGCACUUUCAACCACAUACUUUAUAUCUUAAUAGGCUUGGCUGCAAUAUAUGCCUCUGUCAGUGUAAUACUGAGUUGGUUGAAUGGAUCUAUCCAACUGAUCAUCCGAAACAUUUUGCAUGGCAGCAUAACAAAGUUGAAUUAUUGAAGAUAAGGCUUGAUGGAUACCAAUGGAGUGCACCCUUUAGUGUUGGUGCUGAAGGUGUGAUGUCUAUCUGCUUGAGAAGUGAGACUGGAAGUGAUAUAAUGCAUGUUAGGGUUGAAGUAAGAAGUGGUUCAAAGGAUUCACGUUAUGAAGUAGUGUUCAGACCGAAGUCAUUUUCAAGUCCUUACAGGAUUGAAAAUCGAUCCUUACUUUUGCCCAUCCGUGUUCGACAAGUGGAUGGAACAAAUGAUUCGUGGAGAGUUAUUCUUCCUAAUGCUUCUGCUUCUUUCUCAUGGGAAGAUCUCGGGCGCGAAAGAUUGAUUGAGCUCUUGAUAGAAGGGACCGACCCUACUUCUUCAAGGAAAUAUAAUAUUGAUGAGAUCUCUGAUCAUCAGCCCACCUACGCUGCUAGAAGACCCGAGAAAGCUUUACGUGUUACUGUCCUAAAAGAAGAGAAAAUGAAUGUUAUUAGAAUCAUUGACUGGAUGCCACUAAAUGACACCCCGGCCAAUUUAAAUAGAACUCCUUCAUCUUCACAUAUCGCUGGCAAUUCUCAAUCUCAGCAAUCAUUAUACACAUCAGAUUCUGAGUUUCAUGCUAUUGUUGAGGUCGCAGAGCUUGGACUAUCUAUUAUUGACCAUACACCGGAAGAAAUAUUAUAUUUAUCAGUGCAGAGUCUUGUGCUAUCCUAUUCAACUGGACUGGGGUCUGGAGUCAGCCGAUUGAAGGUAAGAAUGCGUGGGAUUCAGGUCGACAAUCAGUUGCCUUUAAGUCCUAUGCCAGUUCUCUUCCGACCACAAAGAAUUGAAGAGCACAUUGAUUAUAUCUUGAAGUUUUCCUUAACACAGCAGUCUAGUGGAUCACUGGAUUUGUGUGUCUAUCCAUAUAUAGGUUUCCAAGGACCUGACAAUUCUGCAUUUUUGAUAAACAUUCAUGAACCUAUAAUUUGGCGCCUUCAUGGGAUGAUUCAGCAGGCUAACCUUAGUGGGUUGUAUGAUACACAAACUACUUCUGUUUCUGUUGAUCCCAUCAUUCAAAUAGGUGCUUUUAACAUUUCGGAAAUUCGAAUCAAAGUGUCAAUGGUCAUGUCCCCAUCACAGCGGCCAGUGGGUGUUCUAGGGUUUUGGUCGAGCUUGAUGACUGCCCUUGGGAACACUGAAAAUAUGCCAAUCCGCAUAAAUCCAAGGUUUCUCGAAAAUGUAUCGAUGAAGCGUAGUGUUCUGGUUGGCAAUGCUAUUGCAAACGUUAAAAAGGAUCUUCUUAGCCAGCCUCUCCAGUUGCUCUCGGGUGUUGAUAUACUUGGCAAUGCAAGCAGUGCACUCGGUCACAUGAGUAAAGGUGUUGCUGCCUUGUCAAUGGAUAAAAAGUUCAUUCAAAGUCGACAAAAGCAGGAAAGCAAAGGUGUUGAGGACUUUGGUGAUGUCAUAAGAGAAGGUGGAGGAGCUUUUGCAAAAGGCCUUUUCCGUGGUGUUACUGGCAUUUUAACUAAGCCACUUGAAGGGGCCAAAGCUUCAGGCGUGGAGGGUUUUGUUCAAGGUGUUGGGAAAGGAUUGAUAGGUGCAGCUGCUCAACCUGUCAGUGGCGUUUUGGACCUGUUGUCAAAAACGACAGAAGGUGCAAAUGCUAUGAGGAUGAAAAUAGCAUCAGUUAUAGCUUCAGAGGAUCAACUCCUUCGGAAGAGGCUGCCGCGAGUGAUUAGUGCUGAUAAUCUGCUUCGACCAUAUGAUGAGUACAAAGCGCAAGGCCAGGUAAUACUGCAGUUAGCAGAAUCUGGAUCAUUCUUUGGCCAGGUUGACCUGUUCAAAGUGCGAGCAAAGUUUGCCUUGACAGAUGCCUAUGAAGACCACUUUAUGCUACCUAAAGGAAGAAUCAUAGUUAUCACACACCGGAGAGUUUUACUGUUGCAACAACCUUCAAACCUUAUUGCACAAAAGAAGUUUAAUCCUGCUAGAGAUCCCUGCUCGGUUUUGUGGGACGUUCUAUGGGAUGACUUGGUGACCAUGGAAUUAUCUCCAGGAAAGAAAGAUGCUGUGAGUAGCCCACCCUCGAGGCUAAUUAUAUAUUUGCAAAGUAGAUCGCUCGAGGGAAAGGACCAAGUACGCAUAAUAAAAUGCCAUCCUAAUUCUAAUCAAGCAUUUGAGGUUUAUUCGUCAAUCGAGCUAGCAAGGACUACUUAUGGGCCAAAUGAUUCAAAGGUAAUGCGUAAAAGGAAAGUGACAAAACCAUAUUCACCCGUUGCCGAUUCGGCCAGCAGUGAAGUAACAAUUUCCAAUAAAGAGGGAGGUGGGGCCUGGUCACCUCAGCUAAUGCCAACUUCAUCUUUUGGAAGUAGUGAGCAAUGAAGCUAAAAGUAGUAUACAUGUGGUUAGAUAUCAAAACCCUUGCCCAGGUUUUAGUAGGGCACUUUUCACUAAUUGAACAACGAUUGGUGAGGUACAUAUGGAAUAUUUCUGCUGAGGUGAAGGUGGACUUGUCGGACAAGUUUUUUUCCUAUUUUUAUUUUUUUAUUUUUUUAUUUCGACUGACCCCUCCUCCCUGUAUAGUUUAUCAUCUCUCUUCUAAAGCGCCUCCAAAUAAUUCGGCUAGAAAUAUAGAGAAGUUAUAUUUUACCAAAAUGUCCAGCCUUCUUUCUCUGUGUAAUAUUUACACCUCAGGUUAUAAGUGGCUAUUUACUACAUACCAGCAAGAAUUAUAUUGAAAAUAGCUAAUUUAUAGGCGAUGUUUCUAGUUUUUUGUGUUUUAUUUUAUAAUAUACGUCCAUUUUUAUAGUAGGC